AUGUUGCCCAAACCCGAGCGUUCAGGCCAGGCCCACGAGGAUUUUCUGGGCAGAAUGGUCCACUCACCGCCAGCCACACCCGCCUCCCCCAGGCCCCUGGUGUCACCAUUCCCAGCAAGCAGCCCGAUGUGGAAGCAGUUACAGGCUGGUGUCCUCCAGCUGGGCGAGGGCCUCAGAAAGCCUGAAAAUGUGCCCUUCUCCUCCGAUGCCUGCCAAGCCCCUGGCCACGCCAAGGUGUGCUCCGAUGGCUCCAAACCCAGGCGCAUCCCCACGCCUCCUAGCUCCUGCUUAUGCUGUUCCCUCUGCCCAGGGUGUCAUCCUGGAGCAUGGACUGUUAGUGCCCAUCUCUGUCUUCCGUUAGACUGCGGGCACCUUGAGGGCAGUGAUCACCUGUUGUACUUGGCUGAAUUCAGCGCAGGGUGCAGAGACAAGGAAGCAGAUGAACGUGUUUCUCAUAGGCAAGGAACUAGGAACCUGGGAAUUGGGGGAGAAAAAGAAGGCACAAAAGGAUACCAGCCGGGGUGGAUGCCCCCCCCCAUCUGCACAGUGUGGCAGGAAGGGGUCAUUCAACCAUCUUACAACGAGGCCCAGAGAGAUCGAGGGACUUUUUCAUUAAAGUCUGACCCAGGGAAGCAGCUCAGAAGAGAACAGAGGAUGCCCUAUACUCCACUGAAAGGCCCAGGAACGUUGACACGCAGAGAGCAAUGCGCACAGAUCCUGGUUCCUGACUACUACUCUCCCCGAAAAAGAACCAGAGCUCCUUGGAGAAAUGGCCAGAUUCGGAGGCUGGGGUAGAGAAAAUACUGGAAUCGUCUAGACUAUCUUGUCCUUAAAGAACUGAGUGGGUGUGUCAAAAGAAAAGAGACAUCAGCUUGGAGAGCUCCAAAUAGACAAAUCUGGACAAUCUGAGUAAUAAAUAUUGACAAUCGUGGAUUAUAAUCAAUUUAAUAAAAUGAGAAUUCAUGAGU